GGGUGGCGCGCCUGUCGCCCGGCUGUUGCUCGUCGGAAGCCUCCGUACAGAGAUGGCAGCAGAGCAGUAGCGGAGUACGGGGCCUACACGGCUACUGACCACCGUGACGCUACUGAACCGCAGCCCGGAGAGGAGCGCAACGCCCAACAAGUGCAGCCAUGGGACACGGAGUGGGCUGAAGCAGAGGGCCAAGCAAUACACAUUUGUGGCUUCCCACUGUGGUUUAUGACAUGGCCACGGCCUCAUCCAGAGCAGAGACGAGCCAAAACCACAGACGCACGCUCUAUGCCCUUGUUUCCUGUGCCAAACUUAAGAGGAAGAGGAGCGUUUUCGGGGCUGCCRUUUAUGUGGAGGUGACAGCGGAGGGGGAGAGCUGCCGCACGGCAAAAUCUCACAGCUCCUCAAGCCCUAAAUGGGAUGAAAGGUUCACUCUGUCUGUAACACCCCGCACUCAGGUGGAUUUCAAAGUAUGGAGUCACCACACCCUGAAAGCAGACGGUCUGCUGGGAAAAACCACGCUGGACCUGAGUCAAGCUUUGGAGCGGCAUGACAGAAAAUUGGAGAAUGUGAAAGAGGUGCUGAAGCUGAAUGUGGAGCAGAAAGGGGUCACUGUGCCUGUAGGGGAGCUGACCGUGUACCUUGAUGGUCUGACUGUCACUGACCAGGAAGAACUGGCACCGCUGACGAAUGGCAACGCAGCAAACGUCGCCAAAGUCCAGCAGAAUGGUGAUGCUCUUCAUGAAAACGGGGACUCYUCAUCCUCUUCCUCGAGGGCUGCCAACAGCACAGUGAAUGGAACAGACUUGGGUCAGAGGUCAGGCUCCUGCUCGGCGUCCAGCGGUGCCGACGGUCAGGUUCCCUCCAGCUCCUGCAGCCCUGCUCUUGAUCACGCCAUGAAUGGAGACGCAACACCCAACUGCACMCCGGUCCACCAACCCUCAGACGGUGACACAGAGAGCAGAACCACAAACAGGGAGUCCUCUGAGGCUGCUCUAAGGCAAUCAUCUGCAACAAGAAGUGAAGUGCUGCCCCCUACAGAUGACCACGAGGACUGCGCUCAGUCUGCUGCCGUACCAGACCCUGAACCGGCUCCAGCUGGCACGUCCCAGCACCUGCCAACCUCCUCCCCGUCUCCAGACACCUCCAUCGCUGCUAAACCCGCCAAUGGCACCGCCACCGCUSCCGCUGCUUCCACCACAUUUGCCUCUCCCGGCCCGGAGGUCCCCRCCGUCACAGCAUCUUCACCUUCAUCCUCUUCCUCUCCGGCUCCGGGUGAAACCAGCUCUGCAGGAGCCGUKGGUAACAGCAGCAGCAGUAGCAGUGCAGCUGUGACAACAGACGGGGUCAAACCCAGACAGCAAGCCCCCAACGCUGCAGCCUCAGAUCCUUUACCUCCYGGGUGGGAGCAGAGAAAAGAUCCACAUGGGAGAACAUACUAUGUAGACCACAACACCAGAACCACAACCUGGGAAAGACCACAGCCACUACCACCAGGAUGGGAGCGGCGAGUGGACGAUCGGGGCAGGAUCUAUUACGUAGACCACAACACCCGCACAACAACGUGGCAGCGYCCCACCAUGGAGUCUGUGAGGAACUUUGAGCAGUGGCAGAGCCAGCGCAGCCAGCUGCAGGGAGCUAUGCACCAGUUCAACCAGAGAUACCUCUACUCUGCGUCCAUGAUGUCUGCAGAGAACGACCCUCUUGGUCCUUUACCUCCUGGUUGGGAGAGGCGUGUGGACUCUAAUGACAGAGUAUAUUUUGUCAACCACAACACCAAGACAACACAGUGGGAGGACCCCCGGACCCAAGGAUUACAGAAUGAAGAUCCUCUGCCUGAAGGUUGGGAAAUCCGUUACACGAGGGAAGGAGUUCGUUAUUUUGUGGAUCACAACACCCGGACCACCACGUUCAGUGACCCUCGCACUGGAAAGUCUUCUGUCACCAAAGGCCCACAGAUUGCAUACGAGCGCAGCUUCAGGUGGAAGCUUGCUCAUUUCCGUUACUUGUGCCAGUCUAACGCUCUCCCGAGUCAUGUGAAGAUCACCGUCUCCAGACAGACGCUCUUUGAAGACUCUUUUCAACAAAUCAUGGCUCUGAAACCAUACGACUUGAGGAGGAGGCUGUAUGUUAUCUUCAGAGGCGAGGAAGGUCUGGACUACGGUGGCCUGGCUCGAGAAUGGUUCUUCCUGUUGUCUCACGAAGUGCUGAACCCCAUGUACUGCCUGUUUGAAUACGCUGGGAAGAGCAACUACUGUCUGCAGAUCAACCCGGCGUCGGCCAUCAACCCCGACCACCUCUCCUACUUCUGCUUCAUCGGCCGCUUCAUUGCCAUGGCACUUUUUCAUGGAAAGUUCAUCGACACAGGCUUCUCUUUGCCUUUCUAUAAACGCAUGCUGAACAAGAAGCUGAUCCUAAAAGACCUAGAAUCCAUUGACCCCGAGUUUUAUAACUCACUCAUAUGGAUCAGAGACAAUAACAUCGAGGAAUGUGGKCUGGAGAUGUACUUCUCAGUAGACAUGGAGAUCUUGGGGAAGAUCACGUCUCAUGACCUGAAACCAGACGGCACCAACAUCCUGGUGACUGAAGAGAACAAAGAAGAAUACAUCAGUCUGAUGGCAGAGUGGAGGUUCUCCCGAGGGGUWGAAAAUCAAACCAAAGCUUUCCUGGACGGGUUCAACGAGGUCGUUCCUCUUCAGUGGCUCCAGUACUUUGAUGAAAAAGAGCUGGAGGUGAUGCUGUGCGGCAUGCAGGAGGUCGACCUUCAGGACUGGCAGAGAAACACAGUGUACCGUCACUACACCAGGAACAGCAAACAGAUCAUCUGGUUCUGGCAGCUGGUGAAAGAGGUGGACAACGAAGUGCGACUCAGACUCAUGCAGUUUGUCACAGGAACCUGCAGACUUCCUUUGGGCGGCUUUGCUGAGCUUAUGGGAAGCAACGGGCCUCAGAAGUUCUGCAUUGAGAAAGUGGGGAAGGACACGUGGCUUCCUCGGAGCCACACGUGUUUUAACCGUCUGGACCUGCCUCCCUAUAAAAGCUACGAGCAGCUGAAAGAGAAGCUGCUCUUUGCCAUCGAGGAAACCGAAGGAUUCGGCCAAGAAUAAAAAGAGCGAGUCCUCUUCUCUUCCCCACCACCCCCUCCUAAAAAAAAAAACUGUCGCUGUUCAGUCAGCCAAGAAAAACAAACUUAAAAAAAUAAUAAUAAUUGCACAAAAUAACCACCAAUGUAUAUAAGCUAUUUUGUCAUUUAAAACCAAAUCUUAAUUUGCAGCAUCAUGUUUUUGCAGCAGCCCAGGCCUCCCCUGCAGCGUUGUCUGUUACAUAAACUGCCCCGUCAUGAAAAUAUGCAAGCAUUUCAGCCUCUGUUGACAUGUUUUUAAUGUCCUCCUGAAAGCUGAGUGGCUUUUAAAGAUGAACUGAAAGGGUUUUAAAGAGGGGGGGGUUUAUAGUUGAAUGACAUCAUUCUUUGUUCAAGCUCUAGUUCUAUAGAGCUUUUAAAAGGCAAAAAGUCGAGUUUUCCGUGCCUGAAAUCCUGUUUUCCUGUCGGAUCCCGUUCUUUUUUUUUUCCCAGUCCUCGCGUGCUUGCAUGCUGCCUAAGAUAAGACGUCYGCGGCGAGCGCCGCCGCCACGCAGCGCACACGCAGACAUGUCUGGCAUGGACCGCCGCAUCUUCGAAUGAGCUUGUCGCCAUAUUUUAUGAGGAAAGGCUCGGCGUUCUGGUCUGAAGCGCAGAGCAUCGCUCCCAGUUUCACCCCACAGCCCAGGAGAAACAAAAACAAAACAAAAAWAAACAGCGGCGCAUCGUUUUCGUUGGGGCACAAAAGGAAGAAAUGUAAAAUAAUGACUCGAAGAAGAUAUUCUAAAUUGAAGUGAAAGCAGAAGCCAUUUGUGUGUGUGUGUGCGUGCGUGUGUGUGUGUGAGUGUGUGAGAGUUACAGAAAAAUCGGUGUUUCUUAUUUAAAGCCAGAGAUCCAGGACAUGUUAGCGGCUACCUAACUGCAGCCUGCUCACACACUGUGACAUAAGAGAAACAAGACUUCUGGUGGUAAUUUAGUUUUACACAAAUCAUGUUUUAACUUUGCAAUUUCAAAAAUUGCCAAAAAAAACAAACAAACGAUAUUCUGUCCCACUUUGUGCACCUGAGGGACCUCAUUGGACUGUGGGUUCUUCUGUCCUAUAAAGUCACUGUGAUUGAUGCAGCGCUAGUUUUUAUGAUUUUACCUCACGUGUUGCGUUCAGUCCAUCAGUAGAGGAGGGUUUUUAAUGCACGAUGAUAAAACAAGAAUAACUUUCUGUGAAUAUAAAAUAGUAUUAAAGCCAUUAUUUUUACGUUAUAAAGACAAAGAGCCUGAAAGCAACACACACAAGCGUUUCAAUAGAGAAGCAGCCGACACUGAACAGGAAGAAGUUAAAUUUCUGGUCUCAAACUCUGAGCUGAAAAACAGCUUUCUAGUCCACAUGUCCUUAAAACAUUUGAAGGGAAAUCCUGUUUCUUUUUCACCAAACCUUGGUUUUGGACACUGGUGCUUUUUUUUGUCUAAUUAACGGCUUUAGUUGCAGAAACUUAAAUAGAGGCGAGCCAUUCUCCUGGUUUUCUCUGGCAUUUCUUUCUUUUUAACAGCUUUGUUUCAACUUUGACUGGGAAGACUCCAGCGACGACUCGUGUAAAUAAGAAAACCACGUUAAGAGGAUGCUAUGAAGACACUGUAGCAAAAGGAGCCAAUUUAGGAGAUCCAUGCCAUUCUGCAGAACUCUGUGCUUCCUUUUGAGUCGAGAGCCCGUCAUCAGAAUCAGCUGUUGUACGUGAACAUUAGUGACAUGAAGAAAACCAGUACAUGGACUAUUUAAACUAUUAUAAGUAACCACACCAAGAUGCCGCUCCACUGAUGGAAAUCUGUGUUGCCUUCKUUCUUAUCAGAAAUUAGCCGGGAUCGUUUCAGGCCGGCCUUUCGCCGCAGGCAGAGGAGGAGAUCAGCAGAGUAAUUUUAGUCCUCAGAAGUUUUCGUUGGUCUGAUUUGCAGUCUGAAAYGUAUCCAAACUGUAACAUAUCGCGUGUAGAUACACACUGUAAACACCAAUUACACUGUACAGAACGCCCCUUUACUGGAGACGAUGUGUAUAGAAGAUUCAUUUUUAAUCUGCUUUCACCCAUUUUAAAUGGACAGAGAUGGAUUUAUGAGAUACAAAUAAAAAAAGGUGAAUAAAACCGCA